AUGAUUUCUAUCUUCGACGAAGACGGCGGCGGCGAUGUCGAUUUCCAAGAAUUCGUCUCUGGAUUGUCCGCGUUCAGUUCCAAGGGAGACAAAGACGAGAAACUGCAUUUCGCCUUCAAGGUGUACGAUAUCGAUCGCGACGGGUACAUAUCGAAUGGCGAGCUAUUCAUCGUGUUGAAAAUGAUGGUUGGCAGCAAUCUUAAGGACGUGCAGUUGCAACAGAUUGUAGACAAAACCAUUAUGGAAGCGGACAAGGAUCAGGAUGGCAAAAUUAGCUUUGAGGAAUUCAAGCAGAUGGUCGAAUCCACCGAUGUGAACAUGAACCUGACAUUGAAUGAGAUAUAA